AUGAGACUUUUAUUUUUUUUCACUGCAAUAGUUUUAGAUGUCAUCUUACUUGUAAUUUUUAGAUUACAGAAUCUAAAUAUUAAAAGAUUAAUAUUUAUUCCUCUUACUACUCUACAUUGUAUAAUAGCUUAUUACACAUACAUUACAAGAGAAAAAAUGACUUUUAAUAUUGUUGUAAAGACCUUUUUUAGACUUUUUAAAUUCUUAUUAAUCUUUGUAUUCGUGUAUACUUUGCAGCAUGUCGUGUACAUAAAAUAUCCCGAUUCUUUGUAUACCGGUGUAGGAAUAUUAAUGCUUAUUGAUUUAAUAAGAGCCUUCUUUUAUGAAAUAGUUAGUCAUGGAUUCAAAAAUAGACUAUCUAAUGGAAUAUUUAAUGAUAUAUUACAAAUUGAACCAUUUUUUUUAAAAUCUAAUAUAAAUUACAAACCGUUAACAAUUGAGGAAUUUUAUGAAAAAGGUAAACCAACUAGUGUCGACGUUGAUUACUUAUUCGAUCUGUGGAAUGACGAGUCAAUACAAACUGACAGGUCUCUGGCUGUUUAUACCGCCGAAGACAUAAAUUUACGCCCUGAGGCAGAAGAAAUUAGCAAUGAAGCGAGAUUGUAUAAUAAGCGUGCGCUAGUAAAUAAGAAUGUAAAGUCCUCUUAUGGAUCACCAUUUAAGAAACAAAUCGAGUCUAGCGUAUCUAUUAGUGACAAUGUCGAUACAAUUGUAAAACCAGAAUCAUAUUUAUUUCCAUCGCCUGAUAUUGAAAAUAAUCCGACUUUUGAUUCGAAAGUGGCAAAAGAUACUACGAUUUAUCAUUGCGAUUCAAAUGAAAUUGUCUCUGAUAACGAACAGGAAGAUGAAGAAUCCCUUAACGAAUUCCAGAAAAAAGAUCAAGAAGCAAAUUUGUGGAUUUCUAUAAACGAAGAAGUAAGAAAGGCGCAACACACACAGCCAAAAACUGGACGAAUUACAAAAAAAUCUUUAAAAUUUCAUUUUCAGGAUAAAUCAGAGAUUGCAUACAGAAUUUUAAGUUUCAAUCGCACGGAAGAGUUAAAUUACAUUGUAUUUAGAGACAAUAUUAGGCAAAUUAAUAACGAAAGAGGAAAUUUGUAUAUCGCCAUAGAAUGCAAUAAUAAUUUAUUAUCUAAGAUUUAUUAUACCUUAAUUUGUAUAGAAUCACUUUUAAUGUACUGGUUUGUAUCUAGCUGGCUUGAUAUACAGCCUUUACUUAUAAAACUCUGCUUGCCUAUUUUUAUUCUUCCGGCAUUUUCGUCUAUAAAGGUUAUCAUUGAGUCUUUUCUCUUUAUUGUUUACACGCAUCCAUACGAUCCCGGCGAUAGAAUAUUUUUAGACGGGGAAAAUUAUAUUGUACGUGAUAUUUCACUGUUAAAAACUACUCUUAUACGAUGGGAUGGGGCACGAUGUUAUAUUGUUAAUGUAUUAAUUAAAGACAAAUCUAUAACGAAUGUAAGAAGGUCUUCUGCCCAGACUUGGACAUUAGAGUUAUUAAUUGAUGCACGUACUUCUAACAGAAAAAUAGAAGAGUUACAAGACGUUUUUAACCGACUAGUAGAAGAAGACAAAUCGUAUAAAAGUGUAAACAUGCAUAUUUUAGAAAUAGUAGAUUCUGCAUAUGUCAAACUUAAUUUACUUGUAAAACACAAAUAUAAUUUUCAAAAUGGGUUUUUAAUGUGGAAUAAUCACACUAAAUUUUUACGAAUAUUAUCAUCUGCAUUAGCGAUAAUUGAUAUAAAAUAUUUACCGAUGUCACAAAAUAUUGACCCUAUAUAUAAAUGA